UUCUCCAGCCAUCAUCAACAAGCAUCAAACUCCCUUUCUCUUUUUCGAAUCCCGGCUUGCAAAUUCUGCAAAACCACCAUGGAAGAAGAGGGAAAGCACCAUCACUUCUUCCACCACAAGAGUGAUGAGGAGAAGCACGAGAGGACACCAGAAGAGGAAGAAAAGCACCACAAGAAAUUGGAGAUUCUUGGGGGACUAGGAGCUGCUGCUGCUGGUGCCUAUGCACUUCAUGAGAAGCACCAGGCCAAGAAGGACCCGGAGAAUGCUCACAAGCACAAGAUCGGGGAGGGGGUUGCCGCCGCCGCCGCCUUGGGCAGUGCUGGUUUCGCCUUCCAUGAGCACCAUGAGAAGAAGGAUGCCAAGAAGGAGGCUGAGAGGGAGGACUACUAAAAAUUAUGACCUCGGACCUGAUAAAUAAGAGCUAUGAUGCUGCCAUGAGAUGGAAUUUGUUUUCGUCGUUGUGAUCCUCUGUGUUGUUGACUAAGGCUUUUGUCUUCUUUUAAAUGAAAAGGGAUGGUGCUUCUUUUCA